AUGGAGCCACGUCAUAAGCAACAAGAAAAAGCCACGUGGCAACCGGAUGACUGUCCACAUCCCUGUGUCUCCCUCUUCUCCUUUCUCUCCAAAAUCCAAACUAUAUGCGUACACAUGACUAUCCUGUUUCCUUCGCUGUCUUCACUUCCCCUGAAGAAACUAAUCCAGCCAUCAAAAUCCCUUUCAGUGUUCAUACAUCCAAUAUCAACCGCCCACGCAAAGCUCUCUAUUGGCUCCCAAAUCAUGAAUCCCACUUCAAGCUCUUCUUCUACCCUCACCUACCAAGUUCCAGCUCUGGACUCCGAUCAAAUGUGCCGCGUUGCAGACCAGACCUUUGACAGAUACUCGUCGAACACGGUCAACAGGAAAGGUAAAGGGACUGCCAUUGUUUGGUUCAGGAACGAUCUAAGAAUACUGGACAAUGAGGCUUUGUUCAAGGCUUGGGCUUCUUCCGAGACCGUUUUGCCUGUGUAUUGUGUGGAUCCUCGACUUUUUGGAAAUACUUACUAUUUUGGCUUCCCUAAAACUGGAGCUUUGAGAGCUCAAUUUAUUAUCGAGUGUUUGGCUGACUUGAAGAAAAAUUUGAUGAAGAGGGGACUCAACCUGCUAAUUCGACAUGGCAAACCUGAGGAAAUCAUCCCUUCUCUUGUUCAAGCUUUUGCAGCCCACACAGUAUAUGCGCAAAAAGAAACAUGCAGUGAAGAGGUAAAUGUCGAGAGAUUAGUCAAUAAAGCACUGCUGCAGGUAAAGUUAGCACCUUUUCCAGAGAAAUCCACUGGCCAGUGCUCUACAAACAAUCCUAAGCUACAACUUGUUUGGGGCGGCACUAUGUACCACAUGGAUGACCUCCCUUUUUCUACCAACACCAUACCUGAUGUGUAUACUCAGUUUCGUAAGUCUGUUGAAGCAAAAUGUACCAUCCGAUGCUGUUUUAAAAUUCCAACAUCUCUUGCACCACCGCCUAGCGUUGAAGAUUGGGGUUGUGUUCCAUCAAUUGAUCAGCUUGGACUUCAAUCACAAAAGGUUAACAAAGGAAUGAACUUUCUGGGAGGUGAAAGUGCUGCAUUAUGUAGGGUUUUUGAGUACUUCUGGAAGAAGGAUUUGCUGAAGAUAUAUAAGGAGACUAGAAAUGGGAUGCUGGGACCUGAUUACUCAACGAAAUUCUCUCCAUGGCUUGCUUCAGGAAGCCUUUCUCCUCGUUUCAUCUGUGAAGAGGUAAUUAGAUAUGAAAAGGAAAGGCAAGCAAAUGAUUCCACAUACUGGGUUUUGUUUGAAUUGAUUUGGAGGGAUUACUUCAGGUUUCUCUCAACCAAAUAUGGAAAUUCAAUUUUCCAUUUAGGUGGCCCACGGAAAGUGGAAAGAAGAUGGAGUCAAGACCAGAGGUUGUUUGAAUCUUGGAGAGAUGGGUGUACAGGGUACCCUCUCAUAGAUGCAAACAUGAAGGAACUUUUUACCACCGGAUUUAUGUCAAAUCGAGGACGACAGAUCGUGUGUUCCUUUCUUGUUCGAGAUAUGGGCAUUGACUGGCGUAUGGGAGCUGAAUGGUUUGAGACAUGCCUCUUGGAUUAUGACCCCUGUUCCAAUUAUGGGAAUUGGACCUAUGGUGCAGGAAUUGGAAAUGACCCUAGGGAAGAUCGUUAUUUCAGCAUUCCAAAGCAAGCACAAACCUAUGAUCAUGAAGGCGAAUAUGUUGCAUACUGGUUGCCACAACUGCAAAAACUUCAGAAAGAUAAGAGACACUUUCCUGAAAAAUCGUACAUUGAGCAAAUUGUACCUCUCAAAUAUGGAAACCCAAAGAAGCACCAGAGCCAAGAGAGAGCCUUUGCUACAAGACAAACAAAAGGAUUCGACAGAUAGGAACAAAAGAAAAUUUGAACCUUUUACUUGCAAGUGAAAUUACUUGUUACUAGAAUUUAUUUAAAAUUCACAGUUAACAUGUAUUGUCUUAUUUGUUGAAAGACAUGAUUAUUGGGACAGUUGGAUUAGUAAUAUUUGAAAGUUUUGGUUUUUGUU